UGCGCGCUCCACAGUCCUCCCGACGCCGGAAGUGGCUCGUUCGCCGGGACGGAUUCUGGGCGCGUGCGGUGUUCAACAUUAUCGAUCACCUGUGGACCAUCAAAAGCCUGCUCCCAGGUCAUCUUUAUCGUCUUCCUCAGUGGAGUGCUUCCUGUGUUAAUGUCCACAGUAGCCCCAGAGGUAGGGACACCUGUUCUCAUGUGAUUUAUAAAGAAACAGACCCAAAGAAAAGUGAAGUGACUUGUCUCUGCACUCAUAGCCAUGAAAUAGAGGCGUGGAGACUCCAACUCGGGGCUUCUAUGACUCAACUUGGAUGAGGUCUCUGCUGUUUCCUCCUGAUUUCUCCAAACAACCAUGUCAUCAGAAUCGAGCAAAAAACGGAAGCCCAAAGUGAUCCGGAGUGAUGGAGCUCCAGCUGAAGGAAAGCGUAAUCGUUCUGACACUGAGCAGGAAGGUAAAUACUACAGCGAGGAGGCUGAGGUGGACCUGCGGGACCCUGGCAGAGACUAUGAGCUGUACAAGUACACGUGUCAAGAGUUACAGAGGCUCAUGGCUGAGAUCCAGGACCUGAAGAGCAGGGGAGGCAAGGAUGUGGCCAUUGAGAUUGAAGAUCGGAGGAUCCAGAGCUGUGUACAUUUCAUGACUCUAAAGAAGCUUAACCGAUUAGCCCACAUCAGGUUGAAGAAAGGAAGAGAUCAGACCCAUGAGGCCAAGCAGAAAGUGGAUGCCUAUCACCUGCAGCUCCAGAACCUGUUGUAUGAGGUGAUGCACCUGCAGAAGGAGAUCACCAAAUGUCUGGAGUUUAAGUCAAAGCAUGAAGAAAUUGACCUGGUCAGCUUGGAGGAGUUUUAUAAGGAGGCUCCUCCAGAUAUCAGUAAAGCCGAAGUCACCAUGGGAGACCCUCACCAGCAAACUCUUGCACGUCUGGACUGGGAGCUGGAGCAGCGGAAAAGGCUGGCAGAGAAGUACCGAGAGUGUUUAUCCAACAAGGAGAAGAUCCUCAAGGAGAUUGAGGUGAAGAAGGAGUACCUGAGCAGCCUCCAGCCCCGACUCAACAGCAUCAUGCAGGCUUCCCUCCCAGUGCAAGAGUACCUGUUUAUGCCCUUCGACCAGGCUCACAAGCAGUAUGAGACAGCCAGACACCUACCACCUCCCCUCUAUGUCCUCUUUGUCCAGGCCACUGCAUAUGGGCAGGCCUGCGCUCAUAUGAAAUCCUCCCAGCCCCCUAGACAGGAUAAGACGCUGUCUGUGGCGAUUGAAGGCAGCGUGGACGAAGCCAAGGCUCUAUUCAAGCCUCCUGAGGAUUCCCAAGAUGACGAGAGCGACUCGGAUGCUGAGGAGGAACAGACCACGAAACGCCGGCGACCCACUCUGGGAGUUCAGCUGGACGACAAACGCAAGGAGAUGCUGAAGAGGCACCCGCUGUCCGUCAUGCUGGACCUGAAAUGCAAAGAUGACAGUGUCCUGCACCUGACUUUCUACUACCUCAUGAACCUCAACAUCAUGACAGUAAAAGCCAAAGUGACAACCGCCACAGAGCUGAUCACCCCCAUCAGUGCAGGUGACUUGCUGUCUCCUGACUCAGUCCUAAGCUGUCUGUAUCCUGGGGAUCAUGGAAAGAAAACUCCAAAUCCAGCCAAUCAGUAUCAGUUUGACAAAGUUGGCAUCCUGACUUUGAGAGACUAUGUACUUGACCUAGGUCACCCCUAUUUGUGGGUGCAGAAGCUGGGUGGUCUCCACUUCCCCAAAGAGCAGCCCCAGCACACUGUGGUUGCUGACCACUCACUGAGCGCCAGCCACAUGGAGACCACCAUGAAGCUGCUGAAGACCAGGGUGCAGUCCCGCCUGGCCCUCCACAAGCAGUUUGCCUCCCUGGAACAUGGCAUCGUGCCAGUUACCAGUGAUUGCCAGUACCUCUUCCCUGCAAAGGUCGUCUCUCGCCUGGUGAAGUGGGUGGCAAUUGCCCAUGAGGAUUACCUGGAGCUGCAUUUCACCAAAGACAUUGUGGAGGCGGGACUGGCCGGGGACACCAAUCUCUACUACAUGGCACUCGUGGAAAGGGGCACAGCUAAGCUCCAGGCGGCCGUGGUGCUGAACCCUGGCUACUCCUCCAUCCCGCCCAUUUUCCAGCUCUGUCUGAACUGGAAAGGGGAGAAAACCAACAGCAAUGAUGACAAUAUUCGGGCCAUGGAGAGUGAGGUCAACGUUUGCUACAAAGAGCUGUGUGGCCCCCGGCCCAGCCACCAGCUCUUGACCAACCAGCUACAGCGCCUGUGCGUGCUGUUGGACGUCUACCUGGAGACGGAGAGCCACGACGACAGUGUGGAGGGGCCCAAGGAAUUUCCCCAGGAGAAGAUGUGUCUGAGGCUUUUCAGGGGUCCCAGCAGGAUGAAGCCAUUUAAAUAUAACCAUCCUCAAGGAUUCUUCAGCCAUCGCUGACCUCCCACUUAGCUAUUGUCCGCCUCCAGACCCCAGUACUGCACUUCUUUCUGAUCUGGCACACAUGUGGCUCUUGAUAUUCUCCAAAGACAGGUUUUCUAUUUGUAGCCUAUUAAAGUGUCACCUGACCGAGUG